AUGGCUGCUCAGGUCCCAAGUUCAAUGAAGGCCCUAGUGGCAGACCGUUCUAUUGUUACUCGACUUUCAAAUUAUUCAUGCGGCCACUCAUCUGGCGAUGGCGUCAAGAUACAAACAACCCCUGUUCCCGAAAUUCUCGACAACGAAAUUCUCGUUCGCGUACGAUCCGUCGCUCUCAAUCCAACCGACUUCAAACAUAUUGACGUCGUGGCUCCCCGAGGAGCUAUCAUCGGCUGUGAUUAUUCGGGCACGGUUGCCAUGGUAGGCGCCAAGGCCCCUGGAUACUGGCAGGUCGGAGAUAGAGUAGCCGGCUUCAUUCAUGGAGGACUGUACACCGACCGGGGCUCUUUCGCAGAGUAUCUCAAGAUUCCUGGAGAUCUUGCUUGGAAGGUGCCACCCUCUGUGACCGAUGAGGAAGCAGCCACAUUUGGAGUGUCCGCUGUUACCGCGAUGCUGGCUUUGAAUGCUCGUCUUGGGGUUCCAUGGCUUGACUCAGGCAAGAGUGAAGGACGGACAGAUACCCCGAUCUUCAUCUAUUCAGGCUCAACAGCUGCCGGGCUGUACUCCAUUCAACUUGCCAAACUCGCAGGCCUGAAAGUUGUGACAACAGCAUCACCAAAGUCCUAUGACCUUGUCAAGGAGUAUGGCGCUGACGACGUGUUUGAUUAUCGGUCUCCAACUGCCGUUCAAGAUAUCAUUCGAGCAUACCCCAACGUUGACAGGGCAUUGGAUUGUUUCUCAGAAGGCAAAUCGACAGAAUUCUGCGCCGAUGUGGUCCGAAGAAGCCGGGGGUGGGUUGUGACACUGUUGGAUUCUGGAAAGAAGGAGAUGAACGGAGUGAGGAUCGACUUUAUGUUGGGGUACACGGUUUUCAAUGCCGAAUUCCAAUGGCUACCUCCACUGGGACCUAAGUUCCCCAAAGUGCCAUCCGACAACGAAGCUUUACGCCGGUUCUAUGCGGCAUUACCUGAGAUUGCCCUGAAAUUGAAGACGCCCCCUUUGAAGAAGAUCGACGGGGGUCUAGAGAACCUAACAACAGGUCUCAAUAUGCUUCGUCAAGGGAAGGUAUCUGGUGGUAAGCUGGUUGCGACCAUUUUUUGA